AUGUUGGCUGAGACAGACCGGGAUAGUUCCGGAGCCACCGUUCUCCACCUCGCCUCCCGGUUCAGCCAUCACGAGAUCACUGAUUGGUUGCUGAAGAGCGGGGAGGCUGAUGCCGGGGUGUCCACAGAGACUGGGGCCCUACCUGUCCACUAUGCUGCUGCCAAGGGAGACCUGCCCUCCCUCCGACUCCUGUUGAGACACAUCCCAAACGUUGUCGAUUCCCAAACAAAGAAUGGUGCCACACCCCUCUACCUGGCCUGCCAGGAGGGUCACCUGGAGGUCGUCCAAUACCUGGUGAAGGACUGCGGGGCGGAGCCAAGCAUCAGAGCCAAUGACGGGAUGACACCUCUGCAUGCUGCCGCCCAAAUGGGCCAUAACACUGUCAUUGUCUGGCUGAUGAGCUUCACAGAGAUCAGCCUGUCAGACCGGGACGGUGACGGUGCCACGGCCAUGCACUUCGCUGCCAGCCGUGGCCAUGCCAAGGUGCUCAGCUGGUUGCUACUGCACGGUGGCGAGAUCAUCACCGAUAGCUGGGGUGGAACGCCGCUACACGAUGCCGCCGAGAACGGGGAGCUGGAGUGCUGUCAGAUCCUGGUGGUGAAUGGGGUGGACCUGGGCAUACGGGACCAGGACGGCUUCUCGUCGGCCGACCUGGCAGAGUACAAUGGGCACGUCCAGUGUGCCAAGUACCUGUGCACUGUUGAGAACAUGAGUGUGGCGCACCGCGUGCUUUCCAGGGACCCAUCGGCCGACCUGGAGUACAGCAAGCAGCCCGACUUGGGCCUGUCGUCCCCCAACAACACGAUGCCCCCGGCGGGGUCGUGGCAGGCCCAGCAACCGGCCCACUUCGACAUGGCCUCGCCCUCCAGCACCCUGUCCAACUAUGACUCAGCCAGCUCCAGCCAGUGUAGCACAGGAGAAAAGCGGAGCGGCUCACCCCCUUCAUCACGAGUCCCCGCCGGUCAGUCACACACAAGCUUUCACAUACACACGUGCACCCCACCGCAGCUUUCACACACAUGCGGAGGCCCAGCGGAGUCGGCCAUAAAUGACAUGCAGACUUACACGGACAUGUUCAACCCUGACGUGGAGGCUGGAGCUCCCAAGAGCAAGGAGCUCGCCGCCACCUCUCAGCCGCCUCCCCCACCCCUGCUGGCCUUGCCAACGCCCCCUCCCCCUGACUCCCCCUCCCAACCGCUCCUGCCUCCCCCCGGAUACCCUCUGCCACAGCCCCCAGCGGACUCAGCCGAUAUCUAUCUGAAGGUGAAGAGCAACCUGAGGCACGUGAAGGAGCAACUGACUCCAGAAGAGAACCACGAUAGGCUGCACCGGGUGGACUCCAACAGAAAGUCUCGAAACUUCAACAAGCAGCACAGCAUGGGGGACUACUACAAAGCCCUGGGUAGCGACACGGUCGACGACCGUGGGAUCCGAACCAUGGUGCCUAACAAGGAGGGUUCUCUGUUAUUGGAGGAGUCAGCCGACAGCCCCGCCCCCAGCCCACAGAACGGCACCACCGAAGAGUUGCCCCUCCCUCCUCCCCUGCCCCCCCUCCCCAUCAGCAAUCCCACCCCGGCACCCCCUCCUCCCCCGCCAUUGCCCUCAGAAAUGCCCACCUGCCAGUACAGCCCUUCCUCAAGCACCAACCAGCGACGCCCGUCCUCUUCAGGAAGCAACAAAUCCUUCAACAUGAUGUCCCCCACCGGAGACAACACGGAGCUGCUGGCUGAAAUAAAAGCGGGGAAGAACCUGAAGCCCACCCUACACAGUAAAGGCUACACAACAGUCUUCUCCAACAGCGGCCUGCCGGGCAAUAAUGUAUGUGGCUUCUACACUGUCAUAACGGAGAAAGCCCCAUGUCACCGCCCCAGACCCACACGGUCAGCCCGUCCUCAGCCAAGCCCACGUCUCCGCCCUCCGCCGCCAGCGCCACCUCCCCACCCACCGCCCCCAGCCCUGUGGGCACCAGCACGCCCCCGGACCCUCUCCACCUCCAAGAGCAGCGAGCAGCACCUCAAUGGGAACGGCAGCGGGGCAGCUAGCCUGAUGGGACAGACCCGGAAGGGUAGCCUGGUGGACGUGGAGGCCCUGGUGCCCACACACGACGAGCAGGGCCGAGCCAUCCCUGAAUGGAAAAGGCAGGUGAUGGUGCGCAAGCUCCAGGUGAAGAUGCAGGAGGAGGAUGAACACAAGCGCAAGGUGGAUGAGGAGGUGGCGCGCCUGGUGUCCAUGCCAGGAUGGCGGAGGGACAUCAUCAAGAAAAAGCUUGAUGAAGAGAAGGAGCAAAAAAGAAAAGAGGAGGAGCUUGCAAACAAGGCAAAGGAGAGCGAGGAGAAGAACGAGCAGGAGCGACUACGGACCAUGGGUUACAACGAGAACAAGUUGGCGCCAUGGCAACGGCAGAUCAUCCUGAAGAAAGGAGACAAAGCGAAACAGUAGAUAGCACCUCCCCGUCCAACCCUCUUCCCCUUUAAUGUCAACCAACCCUCAACCCAACUACUACCAAAAUCCCCUCCCAUACCCAACCCUCUUCCCCUUUAAUGUCAACCAACCCUCAACCCAACUACUACCAAAAUCCCCUCCCAUACCCAACCCUCAUCGCACCCCACCCCAACCAGGUUUCCACUAGAUAACACAGCCACAAAGUCAGAUUCCAGAGCCACAAAGGCAAAAUUAGCAAAAAAAAAAUGCGUUUUGGCCUUAAUUUAAGGUUAUUAGGGUUAGGUUUAAAAUAAACGUUUAAUUAGAGAAAUGGGCAGAGUUUAGCCAUAAUUAUGACUUUGUGGCUGUGUUAACUAGUGACGACCCAGCAAACAGGACCAUGCCACCUCCCAACUUGCUUUGCAGCUCUGCCAUCCUGAAAUGGUGUGGCCGCACCAAAGUCCCGUGGACAGAAACUGUACGUAUCGCAACGUUAGCGGUGUCUGAUUCAAAAGGACUACAUGACCACAUUGAAUAGAUGCUCCUACCCCUUUUUGUCCUGUCAAAACAUUUGGCUAAAAACUACAUAUCCCAACUGUAUGAAGACCCUUAGUCUUGAAUCAUAUACACUAGCUUUACUUCACAUUAUUUAACAUGACUCUGUAGGAAUUUCCCACAAUUCCAUACACUCGAACAACCUUUCUCAGUGUUGAUCUGUUGGUCUGUCUUGUUGGGCAUUGUGGGGAAAGUGGUCAUUGCUAUAGGUUCAGCAGUUUUUCAUAAAUAGAAAAACUGUCCACGA